AUGAAGGUAUCAAACAACUUAUUUAUUGUCUUACUAACAGCCAUACAUGUGUUAAGCUUUUCGAAAGCCAAUCGUUAUUGUACAAAAUCAUGUGAAUUCACAGUAUCAUUUGAUUCAAAUUCAUUCAGUAUUCCAUCAACAAAUUGUUCAACUCAAACAUUAUUUGACAUUGGCUGUUAUUCUCGUGCUGCAAUUAAUUUUAAAACACGAUUAGUCACUAUUGUUUAUGACACUGAUCCAAUUCCACAAAAUGAAGAAUUUGAUAGUAAAGUAGAUCAAUUUAUUAAUAUUAAUUUUGCUACAGAAGAAUUUAUAGUUACACGAAUUUAUUUAUGUACAAUUUAUGAUGAUUGUGCAAGAAAAUAUACUGAAUCAAUUGUUCAAACUCUCAUUGAUAAUAAACCAAUUCUAAAUGGCAUUACAUUGGCGUUGUAUAACUCAGCUCCUUCAACAGAUCUAAGUUGUUAUGAUCAACAGAAUAAUACAGUAACAUGUUCUAGUGGUACGUGUAAAUUAGAAAUUGAUAUAAUCGGUGACGAUAAUCCAUAUAUACAAACAUUGUGCUCUAAUCAGUCACCACGUUUUUCUAGCAUAAUACUGCGUCACUAUCCGCCGAUUAGUUCGAUUCAAUUAAACGAGUUAGAAUAUUAUUGUAACGUGUUUCAGUGUAAUAGUUUUGCAGCAGCAAGGAACAUUCAAUCAAUUAUUGAGACUUAUUUGGGUCUAACACCAACUGUCAUCUGCACAAAAUCAUGUGAGUAUACCGUCUCAUUCGAUGAUCCAAUAACAAUACCAACGUCAAAUUGUCCAACUGAACAAUUAUCGGCUUUUGCCUGUAAUACUAUUCUCAUAAUCGAUUUUAAUAAACGACUCGUUACGAUAACCUAUGAUAUAGAUAAAUAUUCACAAAAUGUUUUAUUCGAUACUACGAUAAAUCAAUUUAUAAACAUUCAAUUCGAUGGACAAGAAUUUAACGUACGAAAGAUAUUCAAAUGUACAACUGGAAACGAUUGUGCUAUGAUCUAUGCAAAAUCUAUAGUUAAAGUAUUAAUUGAUAAUCAACCACUACUAGAGCAAAUUUCAGCUGAACUCUAUAAUCCAUUGGAUGUAACUAAUUUAAUCUGUUAUGAUAAACAGAACAAUACAAUUUCAUGCAACAACGGUACAUGUUUACUCGAUUUUGAUAUUUUUGAAGGUGCCAGUCCCAUUAUAGAAGCAGAUUGUACGCCCAAAAAAAUUCCAUAUUUUCGAAGUAUUCUCUUCCGUCAGUAUCCCACAUACUCCAAGAGCGAACUAACAGAAUUAGAAUAUUAUUGUAAUCAAGAUCGUUGUAACAGUCCAUUAACAGUACUGAAAAUUCAACAAAUUGUGAAUGAAUAUUUUUCAUUAUCUGCCUUAAUAGUACAAACCACAAUUACCCCAACAACUGAGUAUACAAGAACAACAAUUACCCCAACAACUGAGUAUACAAGAACAACAAUUACCGAUCCUAAUUCUACUGCGUAUUGCGUAGAACCAUAUAUGAUCAUGUUCUAUUUUAUGAUGUUAUCCUACUGCUUACAUUUUUGUAUACGUUUAAGAAACUAG